AUGCCCAAGGUCAAUAGCUACGCGCCAGCCUGGCUCUGCCGGCCCUCGCCUGGUGCCAGCCUUUUUACCAGCGCCUCCAUCAAGAGCCCUGCGCAAGGCCUGGAAAAUGGGUCUAAAAUUUCUGGACCAACAGCAGCGACUCGCACAAUCGCAAAGCGAGAGAAUGAGGUAUUCGCAGUUGUCGACAAUGAGAUCCGCUGGUCUGACCUAGCGCGAGUGAAGGAUCAAUGGCAGCAACAAGCGCGACAAAAGAAGAGUCCUGCAGAGCCUGCAAAGGCCCAGGCAAAUGCAACUGAAAUUCCCACAUACAGGAUUUUGUCAGUACCUGUCUACGGCCUCAUCAAGCAGAUUCUCCCUUCUCCGAAUGGCGCAUUCCUUGCUAUAGUCACAGAGCACACCGUCCAUAUCGCUGUUCUACCAGAUUCAUCCCACCUUUCCUCUACAGACAAAUCUCCGAUUCGCUUGAAGACCUAUCAACUCGGCCCAACCACCCACGUCAUUCCAGAAGCACCGGUAGUGUCCGCGCUAUGGCACCCGCUGGGCUUGCAUACCAACCUGGGAGGAUGUAUUGUUACGAUCACUGCGGAUGCAGCAGUGCGCGUAUGGGAGCUAGAUAGGAACAAUCACUGGUCAUUUGACCAGCCUACGCUGGCGGUGGACCUAAGAAAGCUUGUUGACGGAAGCUCGUCCGAUCAGGACUUCGCGCCCUCGGGAUUCGGUAAGAGCAAGGGCUUCUCUGCCGACAUUGUCGAUAUGGAAGUCGCUUCUGCUUGUUUUGCCGGCAAUGGAAAUGAGAAGGAAGAUGCGUGGGCUCCGAUGACUCUUUGGGUUGCGAUGCGCCCAGGCGAUCUCUAUGCACUGUGUCCCUUGCUACCCUCAAAGUGGCAAGCGCCGUCGACCACCAUUCCUUCGCUGUCUUCGGCUAUUGUACCGAAGUUGGCAGCCCUGGACGAUUCUGCUGAAGACCUUGAAGAGCAGUUGAUCGCAUCCCGACAACAGUAUGAUUGGCUCCGAGAGAUCGACGAACAAGAGUCUUUGGAGGCUCCCUCGGAUUCGGGAAAUAUCCAGGGCGCGGAUGUUUUUACUCGACCAGCCAACCCAAGUGCCAUUCCUCGUUUACAAGGUCCAUUCCGAUUUGAGACGGGAGAUGAAUUGGAUGAUCUAGACCUCUGUGACAUUCAUGUCGUUGCUGCCAGGUUGAAUGUUGAGGACUUGAUGAUGGGCGAGGAUGAGGAGCUCACUGCUGAUACUAUUGAGCAAGACAAACUGUCGGCGACGGUCAUUUGCAUUUCUAGUGGGAGUGGGCGCAUCCAUAUUUGUCUUGAACUUGAUGGAGUUGAAGGACAAUGGCUACCCAAGGCAAAGAAGAACUCUUUCCGAACUCCCCUCUCAGAGCCGUCUGACCUCGUCCUGGUUGAGUCCUUGGACACAAUUAAAACAAACGGAAUGGAAUCCGUGACAUGGCCUGUUUUCAGCAGGGAUGUCCACUCACGCUACUCAUUCUUCGUCACUACCGCGACUAAUGUGGUGUCCUUUUCGAUGUCUGAUUGGGUGCAACGCCUGGAAGCAGAGCUCCAGGCAGAGGAUCCGUCAGGCUCUGGCUUCCGCCUCCAAGUCCUAUGCAGUGGAAAUGUUGCUCAAAGAGAACGCAUUCUCCAGGUUUUGGAAACCGAGAUUACGGCUCAGAAAGACCAUCUCGCUGCCUCUCUAGUCUUCUAUGACUACGAUCUUGGUUACCUCCUCCUCACCUACAAUUCCUCGAAUCCGUAUGCAGCUGUUAUGGACUCUCCUGAAGACUCAUUCUCGUCUGUAUUGGAUGCCCAUCUGUCUGAGCAGAGAACUCCUCGCACAGGAUCGCCUAGUAUCCCACCUCGACGUGCCCCUUACCAGGUCCCAGCUAUUCUCUACGCGAACUCUCCUUUGGAUUCAUUCGUUGACAAGCAUGUUCCUCAUCGUCAGCGCCACACUCUGAAGGAGCAGGUACGCCUAUCGCCGGCGACACUUGAUCUUGUGACCACAGCUCAUCGUGUUCUUUCCGCCCACACCAAUGCACUGGAAAGAGCUGCCUCAGAUCUCUUCCGCCGGUGCGAAAGACUUCAAGGGGAAAUGCAGGAUCAGCUGAAGCAACUCUCUGAUGUUGCCGAGCGUAUCAAGGGAGUAACGAGCGAGGUCGGCGAGGAUGGUACCCGCAAGGAGGGUUCCCGAAAUGGCGAGGCUCUGGACAAGAGAUUACAAGCUGCGAAGGAUAGACAGACAGAUCUCAUUCACCGAUAUGAUGCCUUGCGUAAGAAGGUCUUGAACUCGGGUGGUCGCCCCCUGAGUGAAAAGGAGAAGGCCUGGGCGAUUGAGGUGAAUACCUUGUCUGAGGCCAUUGACUACGAGAAAUCCAAAUCCGAAGAGCGUGAAAACCUUACCCAGCGACUGGAAACUGUCAAACAAUUAGCCCUGGAUCUUAUGGCUGAAACCAAGUCGAUCUCUGCCAAGUCGUUGUCUCCUGAGCCUGGCAACCCAUCAUCGCCUGGAGCUUCUCAACCCAAGGUGCCGCAACGUCUCCAGCGCCAGCGGGUAGCAGAUGCCAUGAGAAUGGUGGAGCGAGAGUCUGCUGUUAUUGAUGCCAUUACUUCUCGUCUUGAGCGUCUCAACACUAGCUUUUAG